UGGUUUCAGUGGUCAGUGAUGAGUGAAAUCAAAUUCGUUGACUAGGAGACCUUGCUAUUUGAGGCCCUAGGUCUGGAAUGCCCUACCCCUUGUUGCUACAAAGAACACCUUGUGGCAGACGACUUGCAAGCCUGGCAGACUGUACAACCGGGUACAAUUUCGACUCGAGGAGUCACUUUCUUACAUCUAGAAUCUAGACAGAAGUUUGUCAAGAAUUUGGGCCACAAAAAAGUUGACUUGACCUUCUUGACAAAAUGGAUGACCUCAUCGCGAAGCGAAGCAGUGCGAGUCACGCUUUCAUUUGGCUCUCAGCACCGCGAAGCUCUGACUCGACUCAUCUCGUCCCGAGAGGUGCGACCGUCAUGGCCAUACGUCUGAGCCGCCGCUUGUUAAGUGUGCCUGCGAUCAAGGAGUUCGCCCAGUACGAGGCCAUCAAGACCUCCAAGGCUCAGAUGAUGGUCGGCUAUUUUACAGGCCACUGGAGUACGGCCGGCAAGAUGUACAAAGAGCAGUUUGAGGCCAUGGCCAAGUCAUAUCCCAAGUAUUCCUUCUACACCUGCGACGUGGAUGAUGCUCCACUGGCGGCCUACGAUGCCGAGGUGACAGAGGUGCCAAGUGUGGUGAUCCAACCCUUAGGUUUGAAGCCUGAUGGCUCAUACUAUGACAAGACGGACAUGGUUGUGGUAGCGCCCGAACUGGCCAAGUUCGACCAGGUGCUGCCCAAAGCGAAGAGUGUCGUGGACUCCAUUGAGGUUUUGGACGAUGAGGGCGAGCGACAACCGUGGCAGUUCGAUCCUGCCACAGGCACGACGUUGCCGCCCCACAAGUGAGGACCUGACGAGGACCUGACCUGCAGCUGAGUUGCCAGAAACCACGUCCAGAAGGUCACAUGAAUACAUUCAUAAACAAACAAACAAUCCCAACAUAUAUCACAAAUCAUCAAUGAAUCCAUGA